GAAGCACAUGCCUGAAUGUCAGGGUGUUGGGAGUGACUGGAGAGACAGUUAACGAAGUCAAAUCUUGGGGAAGGAUCCAGAUUCAGUCUGCAGUGAAGACGUCGUAAGAGGGACUGGGGUCCCCAGUGUGCCCUUUGGGUGACCUUUUGGAUGACAGACCAUUGCUGGCUGGUUUUCAGAUCUCACCAGAAGACGACUGGAUCAAGCAAAACAAUUACUCCGAUCUCACAAGUUGAUUGCCUGGUGUGACCAACGGUGGCAAAACCACUUUGACCAACCGACUUAUCAAAGUUCUUCCAAACUGUUGUGUUGUCCAUCAGGAUGAUUUUUACAAGGUAAAUUAAGCUAUUCUGCCUGUUUAAAAAUAGCUACUGAGGCUUAAAUAUAUUCCAUGCAAUGUCAAGUAUGUGCCAUAGGGAAGCCUGGUGUGAGUUUGUGUGGUUAAGUGGUUUAGGAAGAACAUAUUUAGCUUCUGAAAUGCCUUGGGCAGAUUGAAAUACAAUGGCCUUUUACAAACUGUUAGCAUGUUAGUUUCAACACAGUAGCCAAUUGGAACACAGGGAAAUGAUCUCCUUGAAUUUUAAUUUCACAGCAAAUGCAUGUAACUUUAGAUCAGCCUAUUGGUUUAAAGGGACUUAUUUUUGCUUUUAUUUUAGCUAUUUUCCUAGUUUGUCCCCACCUUGGCCCUUUCUUGUAAUCGUUCUCUUUACAAAAAAGACUCUGGCUUUCCAAAGGCCUUUUAUGACAUAGGCUGCAAGCAUGUUUGCAUUUAUCAUUUAAAACAAAGACAAGCUAACCUUUCGGCACAAGGGACCACAUCCUCAAAGGCUUUUAGGCUCCUCGCUUGCACUGAUUUCAAUGUCAGGGGAAGGGUCAAACUGUCUAACACCUUUAGCUCUGUUUUACCUCUGUAGGAGCCUGAGCCAGUCUAUGGAAAGAUUCACACUAAAGUCAGUUGGCUGUGUUGGAUCAAGCCCAGGCGGAUGGCAAGGACAAAGCCACGUUAGAACAUGUUACCGAAUUGUGUUUUGGGCUCUAACAAUGAUCAGAAGGGUCAUAACCGUAUUUUGAUCCCGCUGAUAUAGGCAAGAUCAAACCAUGUUGUGACACAGUGGGAGAAUUCCUAUUUUAUAACACAAAGCCCCAACCCGGUCGAUGUUCCUGUGCUCCCAGACCUAAAAGGCCUGUUUGUCUGUCCUUCAUGCAUGUACAUGCCCUACUGAAUAGAACUCAGCACUUUAUAUUGCUAAAUUGGAAGUGUUUCUUCAUCCUAACCCAAAAAGUGCAUCUAGAUAAAUGCUAAGAGGAGCUUUGAGAGGUAGUUAUAACUUUUUCUGUAAAAUAUGUAUUUCAUUCUGCCAUGUUAAAUUUAUAAAUGGUUAUUGAAAGCAGAGCUAAGAGCAAACGAAAGUUACUGUGCUGACUCACAGCUUUUAUUGGACGCGUUUGUUCAGUAUCGUAGGAAUUAAUGUAAGAUGUGAUACAGCAAUGGUCACUUAACACUACCUGCAUUUUUUAAAUCCAAAGAUUCUAUUUCUUGACUUAAAACCAUGCUUCUCUACCAAAUCAGAAAUGGCAUUUUUCUGACUUUAUGUUAAACUGGGAAUCCUUGGGCAGACGCAGCCUCCUUGGGGCAAGAGAGCAAAUUCACUUGCUGAUACUCUCAGAUGGGGUGGAAGAUGGGGCGGUAAAAAUGCUCCAUCAGGUUUCACACCCGAAGGCUGCUGCGGCCGUUUUGUUAAGUGAACUCUUGCUUCGUUGUGUAGUGCAGUCGUGCACAGGUUGUGAUCACAUCGUAGCUAACAGAUCACCCUGCCUUUGCAGCAAUGUUUUAUUGCUCACUAUAUUUCAGCCACAAGAUCAGAUAGAAGUCGGGGAAGACGGCUUUAAACAAUGGGAUGCACUGGAAUCCCUGGAUAUGGAGGCGAUGGUGAGCACAGUGAGGGCGUGGAUUGAGAAGCCAAGGAAAUUUGCCCGUUCCCAUGGGGUGAAUAUUAAGCCUAAUUCUAAAGAUCCCGCCCCGAAGGAGAUCCACAUUCUGGUCAUUGAAGGCUUCCUGCUUUACAAUUACAAACCGCUGACUGACUUGUUCAACAGACGCUACUAUCUGACAGUUCCCUAUGACGAAUGCAAAAGGAGGAGGAGUACACGCCAUUAUCCUAUUCCUGACCCGCCUGGUCUUUUCGACGGCCACGUCUGGCCCAUGUAUCUGAAGUACAGGAAGGAAAUGGAGAUGAGUGAGGUGGAUGUGGUGCAUCUGGAUGGAUUGAAGUCUAGAGAGGACCUGUACAAUCAGGUCUUUGAAGAGGUUCAGAACACACUUUUAAAUUGUUCAUAGGUAAAUAGGCACCUGCUUCUAUGUGCAUUGGUCCCUGCUGAAACAGCACACUUCUUCCACACUGGGCUAGUCUUGCUUUCUGGAGUCUGAGAAGAGCUGAAAGACCCCGAUUUGAUGUAAAUAGUGCCCUAGGUGUUAGAAGAUAGUAUUAGGUAGGGUGUAUUUGUGUAAACCAGCCGUAUACUGUCCCUUGGAAAAGCUCUGAUGUAUAUAAUUGAAAAUGUGAAGAUAAGUUAUUUACAACUCACCCACAGGCAGGUUUUUUUUUAAAUCUAUAUUCCACUGGUCUAAAUAUGUGAUUUUUAAGAUGCUUUUUUCCACCAUUCAAGAGCCCACCCUCUGCUCUGCCUCUACUUUUGAAUAGCUUUUAAGCUUCUGCUUUAUUGCUUGUGACACCACCUUUUAAGUUCAAAGGGUUUUGGUUUUUUUCAAAGUGCUGAUAUGAAAGACAUGAGCUGUAUGUCAGCCAGCCAAUAAAUACUAUUUUAUGCUCAACCCUAUUGUGCAUUUAGGAGGAAACCUUGUGGCUUUCACAAGCUAGGUCCUCUCCCUCCCUGGAGUUCUUAAGACCGGGAUACCUCUGAAUUGCCUACAGCUCUAUGAGUUUCCUGGUUUUACCACC